GUCCCGUUGUAGCUGGAGGUGAAGCAGCCUCUCUCUGCCAUACUGAAGCAGGUGUCCAACAUGGCGAACACUGGCAGCGGCUCUCUGGCGACUAUUCUCUUUUUAUUCCUCUUCCAAGCGGCCCCGCACAAAGGAGCUGCUCAGUACCCAGUGGUGAGUCAGAACCUGGUGACGGACAACGUGUCCGUGGUGGAGGGGGACAUGGCGAUGAUCAGCUGUCGGGUGAAGGACAACGACGACUCCGUGAUACAGCUGCUCAACCCCAACAGGCAGACCAUCUACUUCAGGGACGUGAGGCCACUGAAAGACGCUCGCUUUCAGCUGGUGAACUUCUCCGACAAUGAGCUGCGGGUGUCACUGUCUAAUGUCUCGCUGUCGGACGAGGGUCGAUAUGUUUGCCAGCUCUACACGGACCCCCCGCAGGAAGCCUACGCUGACAUCACUGUGCUAAUUCCUCCAGGUAACCCCAUCAUCGAGGCCCGGGAUGAGGUCCUGAGUGAGGGCAACGAGACGGAGAUGACCUGCACUGCCAUGAGCAGUAAGCCCGCCGCCACCAUCAGAUGGAUGAAGGGAGAUAAGGAGCUUCCAGGCAAGCCCAAAGUGGAGCUGACCUACGACAAGAUGUACACAGUCACCAGCCGCCUCACGUUCACUGUGAAUAAGGAGGACGACGGUGUUCCUGUGAUCUGCAUCGUGGACCAUCCGGCAGUGAAGGACUUCCAGGCACAGAAAUACCUCGAGGUGCAGUACAAACCGGAGGUCAAGAUUGUGGUGGAAUUUCCUCAGGGGCUGACCAGGGAAGGAGAGAACUUGGAGUUGACGUGUCAGGCCAAAGGCAAACCCCAGCCACAGCGGGUGAACUGGGUCAAGGUGGACGACGAUGUGCCGUCACAUGCCGUCAUCACCGGCGGCGAUCUCUACAUCGAAAACCUAAACAAGUCGUACAACGGAACCUACCGCUGUGUGGCGUCCAAUUCGGUGGGGGAGUCUUUCGACGACUACAUCCUCUAUGUCUAUGAUGCUCCCACUACCACCCCUAUACCCACCACAGCCACCACCACCACCAUCAUCACCACCACCAUCUCCUACCCCGAAGCCAAUCAAGACUCUGCGCCCAGCACUGAACCUGCAGCUCAUGAUUCUCGAGCCGGAGAAGGAGCGCCCAGGACGGUGGACCACGCCGUGAUUGGAGGAGUGGUGGCCGUGGUCGUCUUCGCGAUGCUGUGUCUACUCAUCGUGUUGGGGCGCUACUUCGCAAGACACAAAGGUACCUACUUCACACACGAAGCCAAAGGAGCAGACGACGCGGCGGACGCAGACACAGCCAUCAUCAACGCAGAGGGUGGCCACACCAACUCGGACGAAAAGAAGGAGUACUACAUCUAAUCCAAACAGGACCCCUCACUCUGGUGUCCUCUUUGGGACACCGAGCUGGUUUUGGGGCCGGGGGCGGAGGCGGGGGCGGGGCUGGAGUUGGUUCAGGAUCACUUUUAGUGAGAGUCGAGGGGUCAACGCGUAGACGAGGAAUGGGUUUUUAAAAGAAAGGCCUGGUUUUAAGCCGUUGUUUAGUCUCUAGUCUGCAGAUGUAGAUGGAAUGUUUUGUGUGUUUAAAAAAAGUUACAAAAAAAUCAAAAAAGGAGGUUAAAAAAAAACGGGGAGGGUUUGGAUUUUCGGUAAACUGCGAACGGGUUGGGGGGGGAGGGAGGGGAGGGGGGUGGGUGCGCCAGACGUUGCCAGAAAUCACUGUAGAGAGCUUCACCAUUCGACACCUCCCUGACUGCUGGUACGAAUUUUAUUUAGUUCAACCAUUUGCAGAAAAUUCUGUGCCUUGUUCUGAAUAUUUCUUUUUUUUUUUUUUUGUUUGUUUGUUUUUGAAUCCAUACUUUGGGUUUGUGUUGAUCCUCAUUUGCAUAAAACCUUGUUGUUCCCCCUCCUCACUUGUAAAAUCGAUGUGCUGUUGGCUUUUGUAUGAGGGUAAAAAUUACACAGCCACUUUAUUCAUUUCCCCUUAAUGUAUCUGCACACACACACACACACACACACACAGAGACACACAAACACACACACACUCUCUCCAGUAUACUGUGAUUCGUCUCAAGCCAUUACUUCCCACUAUUUUUCUUUCCCUGAAGUUUUGACGGCUCCAAAAAUGCAUGAAAUACUUUACAUAUCAUUGUACAAAGGACAUAAAUGAGAAACAGGCUGGAUAUACUGUAUCUACCCCCCCACCCCGCCCCCGCCCCCCGCCCCGUCCUCUACAACACCGCAUUCAGACGAGAAUCAGAAUGAAGCCAGUGAAGAAUAAUGGGAAUGAUCUUCCCAUUUAAUUUGGCCAAGUCAGCUUUUAAAUUCAUUUUUAAGGAGUUUUGUUCUUCAAUUACUUUCCUUAGUGAAGUGAUGUCGUACAUUAUCCCUCCUCACUGUUUCAUUACAGUAAUUCCUUCCUCUGUUUAGUGUUAUUUUUCUUCUCUUUGGCUUAAUGGCAGCCUGCUCUUUUCCCACCGGCUUUUAUUGAGUUGUAAUGAUGAGAUUUAAGUGAUUUCCAUCUGUUUUCGCUCCUGAAUAUAUUUUUUUUCAUGCAAAUGGGGGAAAGUAAGAAAAUGUAAAUUGUUUUCAAAUUGUUUCUGGGGGUAGAGACUUUCAGCGAAGAUGUUUGAAACGGCUGUUGAAAAUAUAUUUGGCAUUGAUAUUGGUCGACCAGCAGCCAUGUACAGAACUCGACUGAAAAAAAGAAACGGCCUUAACCAAACUCCAAAAAACGAAACUUGUUCAAAUUUACUUUUAGGAAUAUUUAAGCUGCACAAAAUAAAAUAAAAAUGGAAAAGCUCAUGUUAUUUCGUAGACACGCAAUCCAAUGUAAAUCAAUCCAAUGGAAUCACAGCUGUAUUGUACACUAAUCCUUACUAAGAAAAUAUUUUUUACUAGAGUUACGAUGGAGUACCUUUUGUGGAUUUUAUCAUUUCGCAUUGUGAGUUUCUGUCAAACUGUUAAAAAAAACAAGCAAAUGUUUGGGAAAGUAAAAUGUCUUCGAACCGUCACGCUCUGAGAGACGAGUCCCGUCUUUCCACUUCCGUGUCACCUCCCGAAACACACACAGCCUGUGGUCUUUGCUCGGACUCAGCAGCUCCAGUGCGUAAACAUUCGAUAUUCUUUGCAUGUGUGUACGUGCUGAAACUCGUUCCUUCUGCUUCUCUAUCUCGCUUUUACGUGUCACGCGCCAAAACUGAACGAGGAUCAGUUUUUUGCCGUGCCCUGAGGGACGCCAGAAGUGAUUGAUUGUUUGUAAGGGAAGUUAAUACACGUUGUUGUGCUCGGCGGCGUUAAAUCCGCGGUUUGCAUUCGCGCCUCGGCUUCUCAACGUGGGAACGAGGGCGUGUUGAUGGCAAAUGUUUGUCACAGUUGUGUGUUCACAAAGCAAGCAGCUCACUUAGUGGGUCCUGUGACAGGUGUGGGUGGAGGGAGGUGGAGGUCGAGGUGGAGCGCAUGUUUAACGUUUCUGAAUGUUUCACAUCGUUCUGGACGUUUUAUCAAUACAAACGAUUCUGACUCGUCAUCAGCCACAACAAUAGCUGCAGGUCGUCAAGUACGAUGUUUUAAUGCUCUUAUUUCCUGUGGUUUUUCAAAUCAAAGUUCCUCUUGAGGCGAAUAGCUACAAUCAACUGAACAAAACAAAUUAUGUUUUGAACAUUUCGAGAAUCCUGACCCACAGGUUUGUUGACGAUACAUUUUGUGUGGAGUGUAAAACUAGAUGAGUGAUGCACAUGAUUUUACAGCAUAAAUCCAAACCCUCCAAUAAAAUAUAUAAAUACAUCAUAUCAUGAUUUGAUGAUGGUAAAUCUUUAGAAAUAUCAGAUUAGGAUGCAGAAUCAACACCAAUAGAGAAUGUUAUGAACAUGAAAUAGUUCAUAUAAAUGUCAUAGCAGUCGUUUAGAGAGCAAAUGUUUUCAUUACAUGUUAAUUAGCAAAAAAAAGGCACAAGUGUAAUGUUUUAGCUAAGUCGUCGGAAUUUAGGUGACGAAAAUCAAUAAAACGUAAAACACUGAAAUAACUUCGUCAACAGGUAACUUGGCGCAGAAGGAAAUGCCAUGAAAAUACAGUGAAAAACAUUUGAUGCAGAUAUUCUCACUUUAUGGGACAAUGUGUAAGAACUGGUCAACUAUCGACUUCAUCCUACAAACAUAAUGAGCAGCAUAUUAACUAAAACACUAAAGUGUCCAUCAUUAUCAUAAGAAACAGGGGAUUUCCCUCUUCUGUCCUUCCCCCUCUUCCCCUGUGAAGUAGCUGGACCGGCCAAUCGAGCUCAAGGGGACAAAUCCUGGUGUGCCCCCCCCAACCAUGUUCCCGCGCUUUCUUCCUCAACACAACAAAUAUACGUCUCUGACAUAUCGUAUUCUGUUGAUAAUCUUAGUUAAUUUCUAAUAACUGAAACACUCACAUGUCCCCUUUUCAGUUUCAGGUGAGUUGCUUGCCAUGUGACCACGAGGCCAUCUAAGACUCAAUCAUUUUUUCGUCUUUUUUUCGCCAUGUUAAAACAUUCGAUUUGGAAUUUUUAUGAAUGUGCAACUCAGAUUGCAGUGUAAUAGCUUUAUGGUCGUGCACGAAGUCAGCGUUCAGUCUUUUUAUAUCAAAGAAUGUUGGUUUAGGUUCGUCCGAGUCGUUCGAGAGUCGUUUCUCCGUGAAGUGAAAUGCAUCGUGCGGAUUUUUCACUUUCCUCAGCAUCACACAUUUUUUUCUGCUAACUGAGAAGGCAUGCGGGGAGGGGUUUGGCUUCGCGGAGCUGUGGACAUGUUUUUUUUUUAGAUGGAAGUUACAACUGCUUCUUCUGUUGAAACUUGAGUUAAUUUAAAGUUCUGUACUCUGAGAGGAAUCACCACUAAGUUAACACUGUAUGCUGAUGACACUGUUUUGUGUUUGUUACGUGGAUGGGUGGUGGGGGGGAGGGGGGGUUAUCAAUUUAGGUUUUUUCGAUGUUUUACGGUCAUGGUUUCUGAUUAAACUAUUAACUGACUUGUUCCCGUUGCUUUAUGAAUCACAGAGCAGGUGUCACUUCAUCUGUAAGACUGAGAAUUGUGUGAUUUGUGUUUUACACUACACUUCGCUUCAGUGACAUGUGGCAGCUUCCAUUUGAAUCAGACUUCGACAAAACAUGUACUUGCCAAUAAAGGAAUAGAAGUGAAUAUUGUCUUCUCCCUACAGGCUGAUGCAUUCUCAUAUUUUUUAUUUGUGAAUAUUAAACCCUUUCGUGGGUUCGGUUCUGCAGGAGUGGUCCUCCGAAUGUUUUUGUUCUUCCAAAGUUCCACUUUAACAAAGUAACAAAACGUCACAUUUUGAUGGAGAUGAUUCAGAAAUGAUGAGGAUUUCGAUUUGAAGCAAGAAUGAUACUCAAUGUCAUUGUAUGUGUUGGUUUUUAUUUUCUAUUUCACGCCCGGUAAAGUAAAAGAAAAAUGGAAUUUUUGGUCUUACAGUGUAACUGUUGUACUUUUCUUCACAUUAAAUUCUUUUGAUAAUGUCCUGUCUCAGGUUCAUGCGUUGCUGACUGAUGUGACUGCAUCUCAGGUAGAAUGCAAAGUUUAGGCCCCACCCAUCAGUGACACGACAGCAAGUACAAUGCAUCCUCAUCCAAUCAACACACACACGUUAGAUCCGAGAGGCAGAACUGCUGAGAUCGUUUUUUUGCAUCUAUGUUGUACAUGUUUUCUGUGUUUUUCUUAAUAUUUGGUGCACUGUAAAAGAUGUGUUGAGUAUUACUUUGUGUUUGCAUAGAUCAUGAAGAGAGCACUUGUUUAUUGGAAUGAAGCAGGAUCAGAAACUUGUUGUGGCUGUACUUCUGUCACUCUCCGCACACCGCCGCCUUUAGAAACUCCUUUCAUUCCCCACAACAACAACAACAACAAAAAAAAAGAUUUGAUUGUUUCACCAGUUCUUGUUUUUAGAUUUAUUCUUUUUUUGUCUCUCUGCUGUUCUUGGGAAAUGUUAAUGUGCAUUAAUGGAGAAAAGGAGUUCCACAUUCCCAUACAUAUUUUGUAUUGGUUCAUAAAUAGACAUUUUUACAAAACAAUGAAGAGUUCUUGUCAAUAAAAAAGAAAAGAUGUUAAUGUCCAAAA